AAUGUUUUGAGCUGUAGUCGCUCUAAGUUUGUUCAGUGGUUCUUAACUUUAGAACUUGUGUUCUGAACUGUGAUCAAAUCAUUAUGUAAUCAGAGGUAGCCGUGAUGUUUACAACUUUAAAAUACCGUGGUUAAUCGCUAUCCGAUAUACAUGUACCUCAUUGCGGGGUUGUUACCGAUUAGGAAUAACAUGAUUGGAUUUCUUUACCCUAGAACAGACAUCACAUAGUCUUUUUUACCAUCUGAAGUCGCUAAUUUUUACAUUCUUAUUUUGUACGAUGAUAGUUGUCGCAACAAAAACUAUAAUUGGGUUACAUUCUUUUGUGCUCCGUUUGUAAAGUUCCACUAGUCUACAGCGGAAACCGUCUUGAACUAAGCAUCCUUUUUACAGACUCGAUUGUGUCAUGAAACACACUCGGUAGUUACAUAUCUGUGAAGACUAUAGCAAGUUAAUUGUGUGGCUUGAAUGUGAAACUUAAGCCACCCAAUAAUGUUCGCCGCCGACGAACAAACCGAACAAUUCAAGAACUCAAAGCAGAAGGGAAGUGUGUUGCGUAUAGACCACAGCAAGGUUCACUUCGCGAAUGAAAGAUUAUCAGAAAACUUACAUUUCGACAUAAACGAAUUGGCAUCUAAUAAACACAAACAAUGGAUGAGCCGAACUUCAGAAAUUAAAGAAAUUAAAGAAACUUUGCAAAAUUAUAAUACUAUCCAAGGAGAAUCUAGUUUAAAGAAGAGGAAAAAUUUACCACCCAGACCUUACACAUCGUCUGCUUAUAUCUGUAAACGAGGGAAAAUUGGUCAAGCGGGAAACCUAACGAAGUUGGGUCCUAAUAUCCGAAUACCGCAGAUCGAUGAUGAUGCCAAUAGUUUGUCUGAAGAUUCCGAUGAUAGUUCCUUUAUUGACGACGACCCUUUCAGCAAAAAAAGAGUCAAAUCGGCUCCAGCCCCAACAGCGUCUCAAGAAGGUCAUUCUAAUAACACAAACGGUGCCCAUGAUGAAGAGAAACCACAAAUCAGUCAAUCUGGCCCACGGAAAGCCUUCACGAAACGAUCUUCACCUUCCCCUGCGUUUUUCAUACAAACAAAAUCUAAGACCUUUAAGGCCCCAGACAGUUCCGAAAAACGACCAAGAAGUACUCUAGUACCAGGGUAUUCGGCUAGGCGAGGACAGUCCGCAAAAACAGUUUCCUCGGUAACUAUCACGACUCCAUCGUACCAAGAUAAACGUGGACAAACAGCAAAGACGUCGACAUAUUCGUCGUCUGAAAAUCUUCUUGUUGAUCCCAAACCGAGAGGACGACGCCUUAAUGUAAUGUGUGAGCGAACGAGCAACAUUCUCUCCAGACGCCAGUUAAUAGCAAUGACCAACGUGGAUCGUCUGAUUGAUGAACGAAAAAGCGCCAAUCCCCGGGAGAUUUUACUAGAAGUUAACCGACUGUAUGCCCAAAAACUUGACCAGCGUGUACGUCUAUUUGUCGAAUCUCUGGAGAAGCUGAAAAAGAAGGAAGCAGAAAAAGAAUUAUUAAGAACAUUAAGAAUUAAAGAAACUUUUGAAUAGUCCAAGACUAGUGCUUAUAAUAGGCCUACUUUUUUGCCUAUACCCUACUAUUUAUAAUAUAAUAUUAUAAUUAUCACCAAUAA